AUGGACAUGAAUGUGUCAGCGCGUUGUGCUUUGUUUUUAUUUCUGUUGGCAUUUGUAGAUUUGAAAAUAGUCUCUGCGGCAGAAACGGGAGGAACAUCUACAGCAAAGCCUGGAGUGUGCCCUCGUACACGAUGGGGCAUAGGGCUAUGUGUAAAUAUAUGUUCCACUGACAGUGACUGCCCCAAUGAUGAAAAAUGCUGCCACAAUGGAUGUGACUGCAUUGCACCUUACACAGCAAAGCCUGGAGUGUGCCCUCGUAGACGUUGGGGCUCAGGGAUAUGUGUAGAGUUAUGUUCCACUGACAGUGACUGCCCCAAUGAUGAAAAAUGCUGCCACAAUGGAUGUGGGCAUGACUGCAUUGCACCUUACACAGCAAAGCCUGGAGUGUGCCCUCGUAGACAUUCGGGCAGAGGGAUAUGUAUAGAGUUAUGUUCCAAUGACAGUGACUGCCCCAAUGAUGAAAAAUGCUGCUUCAACGGAUGUGGGCAUGUCUGCAUUGCAUCUACACAGUGAAGCCCGGUCGCUGUGCCCUGCCCAAGGGGACCUAGAUGUGUGCCGAGUACUGUUACCAAGAUGGCCAUUGCCCCGAGGAACAGAAGUGUUGCCGGAUAUUCUGAUGCUACGCCUGCAGUGAGCCAUUGGAGCUUUAUUGGAAAUUCUUAUUAAUUUAUAAGAAAAUACAAAUUAUUACAUGUAAAAUUAUGUCUAGGAAAACUAAUGAUUUUAUGCAAUAAUAAAUACGAAAAAUGAUCAGAGCUUUAUGGAAACCAGACA